UUUUACUCCUUAAAACUCUAAAUUUGAAGUUUUUAAAUUCUUUUUUUGGAGAACAAAAAAAAAUCUAUAUUAGAAGUUUUUAAAUUCUUUUUUGGAGAGCAAAAAAAAUCUAUAUUUGAAGUUAUAGAGCUUCUUUUGGAGAUUCUGAAGUUUAAUUGGUUUUUCUAAUUAAUUAGUUUUGUCAAAAGUUUUUUUUAAUAUAGUACUUUUAAUAUUUUUUACAAUACAUUGAUAAAUAUUUAAUGAUCCAUUUAUAGCUCAUAUUUCAUUAUUUAUCACAUAUAUAUGUCGUCGUGCGAUAUAUAAUAUGUUUCUAAUUAAAGCCAAAAUUCGGAUACUAUUACUCAUGAUUAAUCACUCAUCAACCACCAUGAUUUUACUAUUAUUUCUAUCACCGCUUUGAAAAAGAGGUAAAAACUCAAUAGACAUAUAAUCUACUUUUUAUAAUAAUGUCCAUAUACACCCAAUAAAAAGCUUCGCAAACAAAAUGAUUAUCGAGUAGGGCGAAAAGAAUGUAUAUAAAAUGAUACCAUUUAGGAAGAAAAUAUUUCGUCCAAAAAAAAAAAAAAAAGGAAGAAAAUACAUGAAGUACAAAGUUGCCAGUUGUACGAUCUCUGUGAAUAGGCGCGACACCUUCCUCAUUACAAAGUUACGAACACUAUAUAGUUUACACUUUACACAUAUAGAAAUCGCAUUAUGACACUAUAAGAUCUAAUAAAUAAUUUUGAACAAAAAAUGACAAUUCAUCAAGAAAACAGUAAUGCAAGAUUUUAGUGAUUAACUGGUAACAAAUUUGUAAUUCUAAAUACUAUUAAUCAAUCAUCUGAAAAAAAAAAUCUUAUUUGUUUAUACUAUUAAAGCUAACUUUAAAAGCAAUGAAGAAUUGGUCUAUUAAUUCAAACUUUUGAAUUAUAUAGUAGGAAUGUAAAAAAUCAUAGGUUCACAUUUUAUAAUUGGGGAGAUGUGCUUUCCAAUAAAAUAUCAUAAUCUAUACUUCGUCUGAGAAAAAUAUAUGUGCCUAAAGAUUUAAAACCUCUUAUUAAAUAAAAAAUUAAUUUCAAAAUAUGUUUGUUUCAUUCCAUUUAGGUACAAUUUUCCAAAACCGUUAACAAAUUCAAACUAAAAGAAGGGAAUAAUAUAUAGCUGAUGGGUUAACCGUCUAUAGAUAUGAUAUGGACUAGAACUUUGAUGAAAAUUUUAAGAAUUUGUAGGUUAGCCCGACUAUUGCAUAUGCAACAAACAGGCUAUAAUUUUUUUUCUGCUAUGAUAGAUUUUAUUUUUGGAAACAGUUGAAUUUCUUCUUGGAAGCAUGGUUGAAUAUGUUCAUCGAUCGUAGAUGAUUAUUGUUAAAUGUAAAAGCAUAAGAAAAAUGACGUAAUAGACACAAAAAUAUAAGUACUCUUGUUUUGUAUAUUAAACUCAUAUUAAUUAGUGAGACAUUGAGUUAUCAUAAGACAAUCAAAAGAUUACCUACAUCAAUCUUUGAGAUUUCAAUGAGGUAAAGAGUCGAAAGUGUAUUUCAACACAAAUAUCUCAUAGGUGGAACAAAAAAAAGGAGAAACUCCAUUAAUUAAAUAAAUAAACUCAUAUUUAAACAUUUUAAGCACAUAUAUAUACACACAUAUGAGAGAUAGUCACAUCACAACUAAAAAUUUAACAAUCUCUCUCCUAUAAGUUUUAAUGGCGAUUUAAGAGACCCGUAGUUCUCUGAUUCCCCUCCGGUUUGCACUCUCAUCGAAACACAAAUCAACGAUAAUCUCUCACUCUCUUUACUCAUUCUUCUUAUUUGGAUAAGAUCUCUCUCUAUCUCUCUCUCCCUCAUUUUCAGCAGAUUCAAUCCAAACCCUAACCGCUUUGAUUCUGAUCGCAGAAUAUUAAUAUUCUCUUCAAAAAAACUAUAAAUAUUUUGACAAAAAACACUUUUUUACCAUCACUUUUUUACUUUCUUACUCCACACCAUAAAUGUCAAGUUAUCAAUCUGUCCUUUGCCCUUAACUACUGUCACCACCACCACUUCUAUACUACAAACCCUUCUCUUACUUUCCUAACAAUACGUACUUAAAAUACAUUACAAAUACCUACCAAGGCCCUAUAAAACGCAAGAGAAAGAUAGAGAAGUGAUUCUUGGUUUAGCUUUCUUGAUAUGGAUUUUUGUUGGAAGAGAGAGAUGGAAGGUAAACUAGCACAUGACUACUUGUCGUCCACAAAGCGCCACCAACACGGCAUGAUGACGUCACCGCACCGUGUCUGCGUCGUCACCGGGCCGGUGAUCGUAGGGGCCGGACCGUCGGGGCUAGCGACGGCGGCUUGUCUAAAGGAGAGAAACAUAACUUCAGUAAUACUAGAGAGAUCAAAUUGCAUAGCUUCACUAUGGCAGCUCAAGACUUACGACCGCCUCCAUCUCCACCUUCCUAAGCAGUUCUGUGAGCUUCCUCUCGUACCCUUUCCCGACCACUUCCCAACUUAUCCGACCAAACAGCAGUUCAUCGAGUAUCUCGAGGACUACGCCCGGAGGUUCGAUAUACGACCGGAGUUUGGUCAGACGGUUGAGUCCGCAGAGUUUGAUGCGAACCUAGGGAUGUGGCGCGUGGUGAGCGUUGGUGAAGAGGGCACGACGGAGUAUGUUUGCCGGUGGUUGGUGGCUGCUACGGGGGAGAAUGCGGAGCCGGUGGUCCCUAGGUUUGAGGGGAUGGAGAAGUUUAAGGCCACGGGGGUGGUUAAGCACACGAGUCAAUAUAAGACCGGUGGAGAUUUUGUCGGAAAAAAGGUUUUGGUCGUGGGAUGUGGAAACUCCGGCAUGGAGGUUUGUUUGGAUCUCUGCAACUUCGGUGCUCAGCCUUCUCUCGUUGUCAGAGACGCGGUGCACGUCCUGCCACGAGAGAUGUUGGGUACUUCAACUUUUGGGCUGUCCAUGUUGUUACUCAAAUGGUUGCCCAUCCAACUCGUUGACAGUUUCCUCUUGGUUGUUUCCCGGUUCAUCCUCGGGGAUACCACCCUGUUAGGACUUAACCGACCCCUGAUAGGCCCAUUAAAGCUCAAAAAUCUCACCGGCAAAACUCCAGUUCUCGACGUUGGAACGCUUGCCAAGAUCAAAACGGGAGAUAUCAAGGUGUGUUCCGGGAUAAGAAGGUUAAAACAUCAUGAAGUUGAGUUCGAUAACGGUAGAACGGAGAGAUUUGACGCCAUAAUAUUGGCAACUGGCUACAAAAGCAACGUACCCUCUUGGCUAAAGGAGAAUAAAAUGUUUAGUAAGAAAGAUGGAUUUCCAAUGCAAGAGUUUCCAGAGGGAUGGAGAGGGGAAUGUGGGCUAUAUGCGGUCGGUUUCACAAAACGUGGGAUCUUUGGAGCAUCAAUGGAUGCAAAGAGAAUAGCUCAAGACAUAUACGAGUCUUCAAGAAAAUCUGGUCAACCCCAUAGACAUAUACAAGUAUUCAUGGCAAGAAAAUCUGAUCAAGCAUGUAGUAGAGUACUAGACGGUUGAGAAAUGGAAGGUUUCUAUCAAGAAACAACAUGUUUGCAGCCGAGGUAGGGAUCAAAGAAAAAAGUUGAUGGUUUUUGGUUUCAAAGCAGAUUUGGGGAGUUAUGUAAAUUAAGACUUAUCUCCAGCUGCAAUGCAAAUUGGGGGAAGGAAAGAAUGAAAAGGAAACCUAGUGAGAGUGAUUGUGGUGGGAAUUGAUGAUCAUCUGCCCAAAGGAGAGGAGGGGACCCUCUCUCUUUGCAUGCUUAUAACCCACUUUGUAAAUCUUUCUAUACCUUCUUUCUAUGUUUCUAAUUUUUUUUUCUUUAGUUUUCCUUAGGUAGGUAUGCGCUUUGUUUUUCUUACCUUUUUAGUUCAAUUUUUUUGGCUGAGUAUUGUGGUGAGUUUUUUUUUCUUUUUGUUAUAUACAUAUCACUUGUUUGAUUAAAACUCUUGUUUUUUUAACGGACAUAAGAAGAGUUCAAUUGUUACAAAACCAAAAUAAAAAGCUUGGAAAAUGUCCAAUGAGUGUGUCAAUGAUAUUUCGUUGUCGAAAUGAUUUCAUUCCCUAGUAGAAGUAUCAUAUAAACAUGGACCACCUCCUUGUACAUUCGUCAGAAAUUAAGUCCUGCACAUUUAUCAUUCUUCUGACCCGUUUUCCAAUUAUUGUUAGAUGUACGAUCUCCACAUGAUUUCUUGUCAUAUUUUUGAAUUAAACUAGGUAGCUAUACAGCCUAUAUUAUACAUAAAUCUAUACUAGCUAGAUCCCAUGUCAGAUAGAUCGUUAGGGUUAGAUUCCAUGAUAGAUUUGUUACCUUGGUCGUGUUGAUACAAUAUUCCAUGGAAAAGGUUAACAAAAUCUUCAUGUAUGAUUUGCGGUAAGCGACGUCAAACAUAUAAUAUCAAAAUAAGUUCACCAUGCAUUUUGUCAUCCAAAUUAUAACAAAUUAUUUUAUGUGAACCAUACGACUUUGCAUGUAUUUUUCCCAUAGAAAAUCGUAACUGGUGAUAUAAUAAAUCGUUAGAAAUAUCCAACCUGGUCUAACAAAAUUGUUUAUUUGAUCUAAAGCAAAUUAGAUGGAUCAUAUUUAUAGGGGUGACUAUUUUUCCACGAAAACUAUCAUAUAGCAUCAGAUGUCCACCAAACUAUGACUUCGUUCUAAAUCUCUCUAAAUUAAAAAUUACAAAUCUAUUUUUCCCCGAGUCGAUAGUUCGAAAUGUAGUUAUCCAUAGACCAUGGUUUUAAUUGGUUUGCUGUUAACCAAACAAUUUUACUAGCUAAACCAAACAUUUUUAACAACUAAACCAAAAAAAAAUAUCAGACCCAACUAUCUAACAGUUCCGACCCCUUUACAUCUUCUUCUUCACCCGAGGAGCGAGAGAUCAAUUCCUCCUCCUUCACCAUCCACAACAUUGAUAUCUAUCUGAGAGGAAAUAUUUGAAGGUUUGAGAGGAAGAUAUUGGUCUAAAAUUUGAAGGUUUGAUAUCUUUUUAUGAUGGUGUAUUGUUUAUGUCAUCGAGAUCUGAUAUAUUUUAGAGUUGCGGAUCAAGUGUUUCUAAUUUCAUCUGAAUUUUGAUUGUUUAAGGAUAUAUCAAAAGUUUUCUCUAAUCUGUAAAGAAAACAAGUGGAGGAAGAGUGCCAUCAUCUCUUGCUCGUUGGGAGAAGAAGACAUUAACGGUUCAGGUUUGGUUUUUCUUUUCCUUUUUUGUUUAGUUGGUUAAAAAUGUUUGGUUUAGUUGGUUAAAUUGCUUGGUAAACAGUAAACCAGUUAAAACCGUAAAAUUUCAAACUAUCGAUUCAAGGAAAAAUAAGUUUGUAAUUUUUAAUUCAGGAAGAUUUAGAACGAGGUCAUAGUUUGGUAGACAUUUGAUACUAUAUGAUAGUUCUCGUGGAGAAAUAGCACGUUUACCCUAUUUAGUGAUUUUAAUAAAAAAAUUAUCAGCUGCAUAUAUGUUAGUAUCAGCAUUGUUUGUUAGUAAUUUUAUCAAAUAUCAACUAUUGAAUAACAUUUUCAAGGUGAUUCAAUAUUGGUUCUUAAUUGGUACCAACAAAUUCUUAGUAACUUCACCACAAACUAUAAGCGUUUGGCCACAAAAAAUUGAGACAUAUGAGAAUCAGGUUUAACAGAAGAAGAAAAAAUAAAACAGGACUGUUUCUAUUUCUUCGUAUAGUCUUUGGACCAUUAACCAUGUGGUUGUCCUUAAAAGCAUGUGAUUAGAGAAUGUACACUCACCUUAGAACCCUGUGGGUUCAUUGUCUGGAUUUUCAUGGGUUGUGAAUGUUUUACUGGCCGGUAACUAGUUCAAAUCUAGAAGACUAAACUGUGUUUCAUUUAUAUAAUAAAGCUUUAAUAAGAGAUUAAAUUCUAACAUACAUAAGGGAAAAGGGAAAAAAUGGAAUAAGGAUCUUUCAGAAAUUUACUUUUGUAAAAGGCACUCAAGUAACAAGCUGGAGCCCUACACUUUUGCCAAGCUGUUGGGGAAAUUUUAGGAAACAAUAUCAGAGAUUCAGAUCCCAAAUCAAAUCUUUCAAUUUUAUUUUUGUCAACAUCAAAUCAUUAAAUCGAAACAUCUCCUUUUAUCUUAAUUUUUUUUAUGAAGUAAUUAGUAGUGGCUGACUCCAAGAAGGCAAACAUAUUGCAUGUAUCUUGCAGUUCCAAGUCCCACAUUUUUAACAGAAGAAGCACUUGCUUCUUUCAAAGCAUGUUUCUGCUUUUUUCUGAAGUUCUUUUUUUUUCUUUAAUUUUUCCUUUUUUAGUUGGUGCUUUUUAUUGGCUCUGAAUUAUAUAGUUGGCUUGUCAGCCAAAUUAUGUUGGAAAGUGGUGCUCUUCGACAGUAAACGGUAUAGAUGAUUGCGUCCAUAACUUAUUCAUAUAUGACUUGGAAAAUCAGAAUAUGUCUGACGAUAUUUUCAUGCACUAUACAAAUGAACUAUUCUAUAUUCUACCUUACACAGACAAUUUUUUUCCAUUCAUUUCUAGUUUACUUCACAGAUUAAAUUUCAGUUGAAAAGUCGAUCCGUUAAAGAGAUCCUUUAUUUUCGACUACAUUGCAAUUGCAUGAAUAUAUAGUUCGUACUAACUCUCUAAGUUGACAUUGUCAUCUUUUUUUAACAGACUCCAUGUUACAAAAACAGUCCUAAGCUUCAAAUGAUAUUUUCUUUUGAAAGAUCCCAAAUUUUUGUCGGUACAUAAUUGAAUUUGGGGUCAAAACCCCGGUGACACGAACCAAGUGGAGUAACCAUUAGGUUAUUCGUCCAUAUAUACCAAUAAUAUAUAAACAUUUGUUGACAAUAUCAAUAUAAAAAAAUAUAAUAUAUAUAUCAUACUUUAAAAUGAUUAAAUGCAGAUAUUACAUGGUCUUAAUACUUAUAUAGUUAAAGGACACCUCAUUUUAGUAGAAAUAUAAUUCAAGACUGAAACAAUAUUUUAAAGUUCUAGGAUUAUAUUAUAAGGUGCCUCACUUGUGUACUAUAACCGCUUUCGUUCAUUCAUCUAUUAACUUAUUUUUUGAAGUGUGAUUUACUUUAUGUUAUUUUACUUGUGGUUGAAUUGUCUAUUUCAUUUAGACAAAGGAUUAAUAGAUUGGAAAGAUAGAUAAAACAAUGAAAAAAUAUAACAAUUCAAAUUUCUGCGGGAAAAAGUUUUUUUUUUGCCAAUAAAAAAUAAAGAAAUAACUAUUAUUUAAGUUAAACCAGAAAAAGAAAAACAACUAGAAGUUCAAAUAGACGAGGGAAAUAAGUUUGGAACUUAAUAAAAAUUCGUAUAUAUUAUUGGGAAAUGUGGUCCAUAUGAGUCUGGUAAAUGCAUCUUCUCUCCUCCACAACAAGGGAAGUGAACUCGCUGGACGAUCCAGCCGCUCUCGUACAUUUGGCACUCAUGGGUCCUAAUUGUCUAUGAACCAUCCGAUUCCGCAAGCUUUGAGCUCUCACUGGUCCUUCGCAUUCAUUAUCUCAACGGUCUCAAAUGGACCAUUACAGUUUUGCAUUCGUUAAUGUUUAUUCUGUUAUAUAAAUUUAAUUUGAAUGAGAAAGAAACAUACUGGGCAGUGAGAUUAGUAGUCAAACGUGACUGGUCCUAUCAUCCCACGGUUAUGGAUCGUUAAAGCUUUGACUGAUCAAUGAUUAAAAGUAAUCUCGGAUUCUAAAUAACCUGUCAGCAGAUUUGACGUGACAAUACAUCUCUCCGUAAUUACUCACGAGGAUUUUAACUAAUAAAAGCCACACCAAACUUUACCAAUACUUUUUUGUUUUCCUUCUUUCUUUUUGAAACAUGUUUUCUUCUAAUGAAACAUCAUACUAAUUUAGUUUGCAAAAAAAAAACUCAUACUAAUUUCAAUAAUUGUGUUUACUCCAAAUUUCAGUGUCUACAUAUAAAGUUAUAUAGAUUAUAUUUUAUCAAAUCUCAUAUAUUAUAUCAUGUUGGAAAUAAUAUUUAUGUAAGAUUAUCAUUAUUUUGGUUCAUUUGAGAUGAUAGUCUAAUUUAGUGUAAUAUUCAGCACAAUAAUAGUAUAGGAUAUAUUUUAUCAUAUUUAAAACAAACAGGUUUAAAUGAAUCUGGAAAUAGAAUUCAAUGAAGAUACAAGUUUAUGAUAUGUAACUGAACUGGGGUUUCCUUUCUUUUCGAUCAGUUGUACUUGUAACUAUAUUUUUAAUCAAAUUUUGUAGCGAAUUUUCAAAACGUUAAACAUUAAAAAAAACAAUUAUUGGAAGGAUCAUAUUGUUAGGUUUGACAAGUAUAGAUCUUAAUACUAAUAUUUAUGCCCAAGCCCUAAAAGUCCUUGUGAAUUGAGUUGGGAAGUGAUUAAUAGGAUAAACUCGAUCACGUAGAUAUAUACUUCAACAAAUCAAAACAAUCAUGAUCGUGCAACGAAUCUAGAAAAUUUUACUAGAAAAUUACUAUGCAAAAGAUUUUGUUCCAUGGCUCACAUAUAUAUGCAUGGUCAGCAUCAACUAAUACCACUUUGAUCCAAAGCUACCACUAGAGUUUUGAUUUGUGUACAUCACAUGCCGUCUACUUCAUCAACAUAAGACACGCAUUGUCGGAGGUCUUAACAUCAGUUUCAGAGCUGCCUCGUCAACAUAAGCUACGGUGAGAUAGAGAAACUCGUCAACUGGUGUGAUGAAAAUUACUCUUCAAUAUAUCGUAGUAAUUAACAAAAAUAAAUAAAUCAAUCAGUGGUUUGCCGUGCAUCUUUUCAUCCAUCUCCAAUCAAUGUACAAUCAGCAUCAAUUCAUGUACUCUUAAAAGCAACAAUAAUUAACAAAAUGUGUAACUUACUAGCACGUGGUAGCCCAACACAAAAAGCAUGAUAUGAAGGUCAUAUGUAAUCAUGACCCAUUCUUGUUAUUUUUAAAAAUAUAGGCUGAAAUAGUUCACUAGCUGGAAGAUUUUGGUUAAAACCCCUUCCAUAUAUUGAAAUCUUAGAAAAUGAGUUGGCGAGUUUGCAUGCCAUUGUCAGACACCAUACAACCAUAAAAUAUGUACUGUUCUCUUGUUGUUUUAAAGUGGGAACCUAAAAUACGUUGUAAGAGUGUGGUGAAAUUGGGUUUGCAAAAUGAAACAAAUUACUGGUUACAAAGUUGUAAAAAUGGAAAGAAAAUUAGGCUUAGAUGGCAUAAUGGAACAAUAUUACACAGCUCAAAUUCUACGUCAUAGUGAAUCAGUUUUCCCUUCUAAUCAUUUUUACUAAAAACAUUUCACGCUGAAGAAAAUGUAUCCUACAUAGGGAUGCAUGUGUUCAAAAUCAGAUGAGUACACACAAACCUCUCUCUCUCCCUCUCUCUUACACAUGCGAAGAGAUGAGACAAAGAUUCUAUAGUGGAAGUAAGUGUGGAAAUGAGGUGCAAAGGGUGGUCCUAAGUAAAAGGUCUCAGAAGAUACUUAUGCCUUUCCAGUGUAUUGCAAGCGAUUAAAAUUACAAAAACAAAAGUGAUGUCUCUUCACUUUAGGGUCCACUCUUCUCUUUUUUCCCUUUAAUAGGUCAAUCGAAGAAGACGGAUCGUGAUUGUGCAUGCUCAUUACUGGAUACUUGGUUUUCUCUUGUUAUUCUUUUUUCUUAGCCUACAUGAAAAGAGAAAUAAUAAGUGAUAUAUUCUUAUUAUCAGAGCUUUCUUCAGCUCACUCUAAAGCGUUCCUUGUAAACACCAAUUGCUAUAAGUCAUUCAUGCACUUACAUACAGCCAAAAAGUGAAUGUUUGCAAAAUUUCUACACAGUUGGUUCCCACUUUCUCCAAAUUCAUUCCAUUUUGUUUUUUAUAGAAAGGAUAUUCCGUUUUCUUCAUUCGUUAUAUGUUAUGAUUAUUGUUGUUGGUCUGUGUUCCUAAUCCGUGUAUAAUUAGCUAGACAGAUUUCUGUUGUGAAAAUGAGAAUGUGCCAUCUGUUCUAACUAGUAUAUCCGUAAAUCUUUCUCUCACAAUUUUUUUUCACAUUGGAAAAUUAGUUUUCAUGGAAAAAAAUCAUCAUAGGCGUAAAUUAGUGAGUGUUUGAGCGCCAUUUUCCCAAUGCGUAGUUAGACGUUAACUAAGGUGGGUAUCAGUUUAUAUAUUUGUCAACAAUUUACUUAUCAUAUGGUUACGUAACUUCACUUCGCAAGAUAUUAAUGUUAAAAUGAUACAUUAUAUCCGUGUUAAAAUAGAUAGUUAGAUACAUAAUACUAAUGUUAAAAAGUAGAUACAUUAUAUAUUAUAGUACUGUUUAUCACCCGCUAACCUACUGGUUAAUUAAGUCAGAUAAUUAAACUUGGAGCAUAUCAGAAGUUGUGGGCCUAAUGGUUGGUGAAAGCAUGACAGUGUAAUAACACACACACACUCAUUCCUCCUAGAUUCGCCUUUAUAUAUUUAUUUUGAAAAUUUUCAAUUUAUUUCUUUCACUAGUAAGAAACCAAACGAUAUAUCGCAGCGUGUGUUUCAUCAAGCCUCUUUUCUGUUGAGUAAUUUCCAAAUUUGAUGAUAACAAAACGUUACAAAAGUAUUUGCAUGGUUUGGGCUAUUUCUAGAUACAAAAUUACUUGCAGAAGGUCAUCACACUGUUACGUUAGAACUCUGAAACAUAGAUCUCCAAACUAAAUUUCAAGUUUUAGUUUGAACAAUCAAAUUGGUAGUAUUGGGUUUGGUGCGUGAUUUCUGUCGGGCCUUUUGGAUAAGGCCCAUAUUGUUCAAUGUGACGGAUACACCAACACUGAAUACAUCUGUGUACACUCAUUCUCCUACCAUGGAUUAAAAAACAUAAAGUCGAAAAUAGUAAUGAAAACGAAUGUAUUGGAAGCCAUAAAUGAGUUGGUUGUUCGUUUUAGUUUUCUCUUUGUAAGAAAAGUCCACACGAAAGUUACGAAUGCCAUAUCUUCACUGUCCCUUUUGGUUUGAUUUUUUGAAACUUUUCUCGAUCGAAGUGAAAAAUUUCAUGGCCACAUGACACCUAAAUCCCGUCAAAACAUGCUGGAGACCGUCCUUCAUUAAUGGUAAGUUGAUUUGGAUAGACAUAAUUGAUUUUUAAAUAGGGAAGUUACCAUAACUCUAAGAGAUUGAUCAAAAAGAACAUACUCUCAUGUACAGAGAUGUUUGGUCCAUCGCAUUACGGAUAUGUUCUUUGGAAUCGACUGAUGGAUAGAAAAUGGACAUGCACCAAGGAGAACACAUCAAAAAGUCUCAAGUAAAACAGAGGAAAAUUAUAAACACUCUCCAACACAUAAGGAGUAUGUUAACGAAUAAAGAUAGGGCUAUGCAAACUCUUUGUGCAAUAUUCAAAACCACGUGCCGACUUAUUAUUGAUUGAUGCUUUGUACAUGAAAUUGAUCUCCAACAUUCUCUAUUCUCAUAUAUUAUAAGUUAUACAAUCCCCUGUAUAUUAAUUUUGGAGCAUUACAACAUGUUUUCGUAGCCACGUGUCAUUACAAUAAUGAUUCUUAGAAUUGUUAGAAAAAUAAGUUGGUCCAUAUAAACAUAUACUAUGUUUUUUAUUAAACUAACUAUCAAAUUAAUUAGUAGUAUAAUAAAAGCUAUGGAAUUACCUAAUAUGAUUAACAUAUAUAUGACAAUUAAUGAUUAUGAAUAAUACAUAUUUGAUAACAACUUUUCUAACCUCUCUCUCUCUUUUAUUUAAUUUUAUACUAUUAAAAGAAAUUAAACAAUCACAUUAAGCAUAUAAGAAAAAUUUAGAUUUUUUCUUAUAUGUUAUAUUUUGAAUUUUUUAAAAUGACUAUAAAUUACUAAAAAUGGUAAAAGUCUCACAUUGAAAAUUCUGUAAUCAAUGGGUUUAACUUUUUUUUUGUUCAAGCAAGAUACAAAUGAUCAUAUAUCGUAGGGGUGGGUGUUCGGAUAUACGUUCGGGUUCGUAUCGGAUAUUUCAGUAUAAAGGUAUAGAACACGUUUGGGUAUUUCUACACUUCGAGUCGGGUUCAAGUAUUUUAUGUUCGGAUUCGGAUAUUUUGGAUCGGGUUUGGAUAUUUAAAUUUUGAAGAAAACAUAAAUAAAUUAUUCAUUUUUUUUAUUUUUUGUAUUUAAAAUAUAUUUACCUUAACCGGAUUUCUAAUUUUUAAAAGGUUAAACUAUUAAAAGGUUUGGAGAUAAAACUUUAAAAAUAGAAAGACACUAAUUUAGUUGUUGUUUUGAAAUUUUAGAUGCAACUUUUCUUGAUGCAAGAAACAAGAGCUUGAUAUGUAUAUUAAGUGAGUAGCAAAUGAUUUUGUCGAUAAUUAUAUGUAUAUUAUCUAAUUUUGAGCAAUAAGCAUCAUUAAUAUAAAUAUUUUGAGUAAAAUGAGAGAAGUAAACUAGAAAUAUAUGGUUAAGUAUACUUAUGUUUUGUUAUCUUCGGAUACAGUGGUGGAGCCAGCCUAGUUUUUUAGGAGGGUCAAACUCUUAAUUUGUAUAUAUUACAUUGGUCAACAUACCCACAAUUUGUAAAAUUUUCCUUAUUUUUAGUACAAAUUCAUGUAAUUUUUUUGUAUGUUUUAAAAAUCAUGUGGGUUAUUUGACCACCCUCCUAACCAGCUACCUCCGCCACUGUUCGGAUAUCCAUUCGGGUUUGGAUUCAGAUAUUACCCGAACGGGUGAAAUAAGUAAUUUGUUUUGUUGUUCUAGAAUUAGAUAAUUUUUAAACCGGGCUGGUGACCAUAUACUAGACAGACGUUUAUAUUUUGAGUCUGCACAUAUAUUAUAUAACAGCUUGAUAUAUUAGAUUUGAAUACAGUUUGCCGGUGAUUUUGUUUUUAAAAAUUUAAUUUUUAGAUAUGUAUCGGGAAUGAAACUAAUUUUUACAUAUGUCCAUUUUUAAAUUGACACUUAUGUAAUUCACCGAGUUCAUAGAAUAAGUU